AUGAAGCUCUUCUAUCUGAGCGGGCGAGAGGUCUGGCAGCGAGUUGAGCACCCCUGGCUUCACUGGAAGUCCGUCGAGUACAAGGCCGGCUGGACGAGCAGCAAGGGCGCUUCCCUCGAAGAGAAACAAGCCCGAAAGGAAGCCAAACAGGAGGCCAAGCGCCGCAAGAAAGAGAAGGAAAAUACGAAGAAGAAAGAGGCCGCCGCCACCAAACUUGCGGAGCUGCGUCACAACGACACGGCCCGCAAGCGGGAGUACCGGCGCAAGGCCCGUGAAGCUCUUCGAGGGGAGCUCGACGUGCUCUACAAACGCGCCGAGCUCGACUACGCCGCCGCCGCCCUCGAGGAGGAUGGUAUCUGCGAGGUGCUAAGCACGGUACCUUGCACAUGCCCGGCCCUAGAGGCCGAUGGAAAGGUGUCCACAGAUGAGGUGGGUUCUCUGAAGCACAGAGCAAGUGAGUGGGGCGAUAUAGCAGCACGGGCCGAGGAGACAGUUGGUAUCCACAAGGCCCGACGGCGA